AUGUUGACGGAAACACCACAAAUCUUCCAUGGAGACAGGUGCAAGUCAGAAAACCCAGCAGACUUCCUAAAGUCAUUUAACCGCGCCAUGAGACAGCAGUCAGUUACGGUCAUCGCCGAGAAAGUAGAAGCGUUCGGCGAUUACUUAGGCACAGGAUUGGACGCCGAAGUAUGGUUCAAAGUACUCUUACCAAGCCCAAAAACAAGUUGGGCAGCGUUCGUAACCGCGUUCGAAGUCCAUUGGCCACCAAUUGUAGUUGCAGAGAAGACUAAAGCGGAGUAUGAGAGAGAAUUGAUUGAGCACCUCAUGUCAGAUGCAGAGGUAGGAACGAAGACUACCUUGCAUGACAGGGAAUGCUGGACACAUGAAGCUUGGGCAACCAAAGCGCUGCAGUUAGCCUCGAGAGCAGGAAUCGAGGCAGGUGCCUCAAUGAUCUGGCAGGUUAGAGGGAGACUACCGAGCGUUAUCAAAGACCUACUGAAAGCUGAUGAAUACACGGAUUGGGCCGCGUUCACGACAGAGGUCAAAGAGCUCAAAGGCAAUAGAGUCUUAGAAAAGAAGGAGCAGCAUAGCAAACAAGAGCACGAAGUAAACAUGCUACGCGCAGACGUUGCACGAUUGCAACAAUGCAACCCCAUGCAGGACUCACUUGCCACACUCCAGAACCACAACAACACUGUCACGCGCAUGCCCACCCUCCAGGCAACUCAACACCCACAGCCCAUGUUUACCAGGCAACCAGCAUCAGUUCCCCAACCUCUUGUGAUCACGGAGGACCUUAAGAACGCAACCCGACAACUCGUCUCAUCAUCCAUACACCAUCCCGAUACCCCUGCAGGCCACACAGCAUAUACGUCACAAAUCGCACAGUGGAAUGCGAAAUGGGGUGAGUACACAAGGGUCACACCAGAGACAGGGUACCCCUUAAAGCCGGGCACAGCAGUAAUCGCCUCGAGCGAAUGUUUCAACUGCGGGACCCACGGGCACAACGGCAGAAACUGUGUACUGCCAGCAGACCACGCAGAAAGACUCUCGCACAAAGAGGCCGCCUGGAGAGCAAUAGUAAGCAAGGUGUUAGGACCAUUCAACCGCGCAACAGCUACUCCAAUCUCGCUCGUCACUGGCCAUAUACCGCAGUACAUGUCAGCCUGGAUUGAAGAAAUACCAGAGCAGGAGGAGGGAAAAGGCAACGGGUCGGCGUAG